CAUCGGAAUAAAUCCCGGACAGGAGCUCAGAGAGACUUUGCAACUCCACUCUAAUGAUCUUCUACAAGAGCUAAAGGAAGAGAAACGGGAUAAAUAAUCUGACAAGCAAGGACUUUCCUUACUCUUUUUCUAUCUGUUUUCGCAGGACCUUUUUUUUUCUUCUUUUUUAAAGGAAUCGUUUGAGAUUUCAAGAUGAUGCUGUGUGGCAUCUUUUUGCUGGUGAUGCUUUGGAGUUGUGAAGGCGCAAGACUGGCAGAGAGUCGAGAUGAUAACAGUGUGUAUGACUUAUUUGAUCUGGCCCGAGUCAACAAGAGACACCACGGAGUGAGUUUGGUGAAAGGCGCCGAUCCCUACAGCCCCGCAUACAAAGUCCUGAACGCAGACCUGAUCCCCCCCGUCCCCGACAGCUCCUUCAGGGACCUCCUCGACUCCAUCCAGACUGAGAGGGGCUUCCUCCUCCUGGUCAACCUGAAGCAGUUCAAGAAAACCAGAGGCAGCCUUUUGACCAUCGAGAAGACUGACGGAUCCGGACCCGUCUUCGAGAUCAUUUCCAACGGCAAGAAUAACACCCUGGAUGUGGUCUACUCCACCAUGUACCAGCAGCAGAAAGUGUCCAUCGAGGACGCGGACUUGGCCACUGGACACUGGAAGAACAUCACGCUGUUCGUUCAGGAUGACCGCGCGCAGCUUUUUGUCGGCUGUGAGGAGAUCAACGUGUCAGAGCUGGACGUGCCCAUCUACAAAGUGCUGUCCCAGGAGGUGGCAGACAGCGCCAGGCUCAGGAUCGGAAAGGGAUCUGUGAAGGACAGAUUUAUGGGAGUCCUCCAGAAUGUGCGCUUUGUCUUUGGGACCACUCUUGAUGCUAUACUGAGAAAUAAGGGAUGCCAGAGCGGAGCUACCUUAACUGAUGUCAUGACCUUGGACAACCCUGUCAACGGCUCCAGCCCUGCCAUUAGGACUGAUUACACCGGCCACAAAGCCAAAGAUCUGCAGUCUGUCUGUGGCUUCUCUUGUGAGGACAUCGCCAGCAUGUUUAAGGAGCUCAAGGGACUCGGUGUGAUUGUUAAAAACCUGAAGAAUGACCUCGAGAAAGUGUCUGAGGCGAGCACAAUCAUGAUACAGAACCUCAACAGCGGAGCUUGCUACCACAACGGCAUCCAGUACAAGGACCAAGAUGAAUGGACCAUGGACAGCUGCACUGAGUGCACCUGCCAGAAAUCUGUCACUUUGUGUCGCAAAAUCUCCUGCCCUCUGAUCCCAUGCGCUAACGCCACCGUGCCCGAUGGAGAGUGCUGCCCUCGCUGUGGAACACCGAGUGACUAUGCCGAGGAUGGAUGGUCUCCCUGGUCUGAAUGGACCCACUGUUCAGUGACUUGUGGCCGUGGCAUCCAGCAGCGCGGACGCUCCUGUGACCGCAUCAACAGCAACUGUGAGGGCACCUCUGUCCAGACCCGUGACUGCUACCCCCAGGAAUGUGACAAACGCUUCAAACAGGAUGGUGGCUGGAGUCACUGGUCUCCCUGGUCAUCGUGCUCUGUGACCUGUGGUGAGGGGGUCAUCACCCGGAUCCGCCUCUGCAACUCCCCCACACCCCAGAUGGGUGGCAAGGACUGCCAGGGAGAAGGACGUCAAACUGAAAUCUGCCAGAAGUCACCUUGUCCUAUCAAUGGAGGCUGGGGACCUUGGUCACCAUGGGACACCUGCACUGUUACCUGUGGUGGAGGAAUCCAGACCCGCAAACGUCUCUGCUCUGACCCCGUUCCCAAAUACGGUGGAAAGGAUUGCGUUGGUGAUGCCACUAUGUCUCAUGUGUGCAACAAACAAGAAUGUCCUGUUGAUGGUUGUCUGUCCAACCCAUGCUUCCCUGGCGCUAAGUGCAUCAGCUUCCCUGAUGGCUCUUUCAGGUGUGGCAAGUGUCCGCUUGGCUAUCGUGGAAAUGGCGUCAUCUGCAAAGACAUUGAUGAGUGUAAAGAGGUUCCUGAUGCCUGCCACACUCAUAACGCAGUCCAUCGCUGUGAGAACACUCAGCCUGGUUACAACUGUCUGCCUUGCCCUGCACGUUUCUCCGGUCCUCAGCCCUUCGGAAGAGGAGUGGAACAGGCAACUGCUAAAAAACAGGUUUGCACACCCCGCAACCCUUGCCAGGAUGGUAGCCACAACUGCAAUAAAAAUGCAAACUGCAUCUACUUAGGCGUCUACUCUGAGUCCAUGUUCCGCUGCGAGUGCAGGCCAGGAUAUGCCGGUAAUGGCCGUAUCUGUGGAGAGGACACUGACCUGGAUGGAUGGCCCAACACUGACCUGCUGUGUGUGGAGAAUGCUACCUACCACUGCAAGAAGGAUAACUGUCCCAACCUUCCCAACUCUGGUCAGGAAGAUCAUGACAAAGAUGGCCUGGGUGAUGAAUGUGACCAUGAUGAUGACAAUGAUGGGAUCCCCGAUGAUAGGGACAACUGUCCAAGAGAAUACAACCCUGCCCAGUACGACGCAGACAGGGAUGAUAUUGGCGACCGCUGUGACAACUGUGUGUUUGAGGCUAACACCGACCAAACCGACACUGACAACAAUGGAGAGGGUGAUGCCUGUGCUGUUGACAUCGAUGGCGAUGGCAUUCUGAAUGAGAACGACAACUGCCCUUAUGUUUACAAUGUGGACCAGAGAGAUACUGAUAGAGAUGGCGUGGGAGACCACUGUGACAACUGCCCUCUGGAGCACAACCCUGAUCAGAUCGACUCUGACUCAGAUCUCGUAGGAGACAAGUGCGACAACAACCAGGACAUUGACGAGGACGGUCACCAGAACAACUUGGACAACUGUCCCUACAUCCCCAACGCCAACCAGGCAGACCAUGACAAAGAUGGCAAGGGUGACGCCUGCGACCACGACGAUGACAAUGACGGCAUUCCCGAUGAAAAAGACAACUGUCGACUGGCUUAUAACCCUGAUCAAAAGGACUCUGAUGGUGAUGGCCGCGGUGACCUGUGCCAAUACGAUUUUGACCAAGACAAUGUUUUGGACAUCCAUGACGUGUGUCCAGAGAACUUUGACAUCAGCGAAACAGACUUCCGCAGAUUCCAGAUGGUUCCUCUGGACCCCAAGGGCACCUCUCAGAUUGACCCCAACUGGGUGGUCCGGCAUCAGGGCAAAGAGUUGGUGCAGACAGUCAACUGUGAUCCCGGCAUUGCUGUUGGGUUCGAUGAGUUCAGUGCUGUGGAUUUCAGUGGAACAUUCUUCAUCAACACGGACAGAGAUGACGAUUACGCCGGGUUCGUGUUUGGCUACCAGUCCAGCUCGCGCUUCUACACAGUCAUGUGGAAACAGAUCACACAGACCUACUGGUCCCACACACCCACAAGAGCUCAAGGCUACUCUGGCCUGUCAAUCAAAGUGGUCAACUCCACCACCGGCCCCGGUGAGCAUCUGAGGAACGCCCUGUGGCACACCGGAGACACCCCAGGACAGGUGCGCACUCUGUGGCACGACCCUAAGAACAUUGGCUGGAAGGACUUCACUGCCUACAGGUGGCACCUGACCCACAGACCCAAGACUGGACUUAUUAGAGUGGUCAUGUACGAAGGCAAGAGAAUGAUGGCCGAUUCUGGAAACAUCUUUGACAAGACGUACGCUGGUGGGCGACUAGGCUUGUAUGUCUUCUCUCAGGAGAUGGUUUACUUCUCAGACCUCAAAUAUGAAUGCAGAGAUGAUAAAUAAAAUGGUCCACAGAGCCUUCUGGAAGAAGUACCAGUCUGCUGGUAUGAAUAUAUAAUAUGAGACCUGGAUCGAUAUCUUUGACUUUUUCCUUUGAGAAAUGCACAUUGGCGGAAUGACGGGCAAGUGAGAUAACGUGAGGUAAACUGACCUCAGGACUUAAAGCCAAAUUGAAAGUUCAAUGAUGAUUCUGCACCACUGCACCAAACUCAAAUUGUGAGCGCAGCUCUGCUCAGAAGACAUUGGCCCUCUCAUCCUUGUUGCUCUGAUCUGCAUUGAAAGAGGGCCACAUCUUAUUGCUUUGCACACCUGAACUGUUGUCAGUUGGCGGUAUUCCUCUGAGGAUGAGGGACCAAAGAGUGUUUCAUGUUUGGUUUUUUUUGGGGGGGGGGUUUUGAGCAUUAAUAUACAUCUGCUGUGGACUCAAAGAUGCUUGUUUCAGUAUGAAGAAAGCAGUAGGAGAACUUUCUUAGGCAGGGGUAAAUAUGCCCCUUGAAGGAACUGUUGAGGGACCACGGACAGUAUGGACUGACUGUUACUAUCAAAGAGCGUGAAUGUUGUUUGUGUGUUUGUGCAUGUGUUCCACCUAACAAGCAUAGUUAUGAAGACAACCAAGUCAAAAUUGAUUUUAAAAUUCUUUUGAUACACCGUCACCCCACAUUCUGGCAGACCUGUAUAUAUAAGGUCUUGUAUUCAGCUGAGGCUUAGGGCUGGCCUAAAAUAUUCGUCUUCUCAGGAAAGAGCACUAGAAGAAACAAGGAGAGCACAAAAUUCAGGACAGCACAGGGCCACAAAGCAGACACGCUGCACACUGCUUUGGAACAGUAAUUAUUAGCAAAUAUUAUGUUAAUAUCUCUAAUCUUUGCUGAAAGUGUCAAGGGACGUAAACAGCGAGGGCCAGUCUAUAUCCUGUCAUUAGUUAACCAUUGUUACGUACGGCUGUUUGUAUUUACUUAUUCAUCAUAGAGGCUUUAAUUCUCGCUCAUCUUUGCAUCUUACUAUCUUAAAAUUUUGCAAGCAACCUAUUCCAAUUAACUGAAACCACAGUUAUAGCAUUACAUCUGACCAAAACAGUGAAAAAGUGAAAGAUAGGCAUCACUUCCAGUAUCUCCAAAUAUUCUGCUUCUGCACAGUGUGCAUGCAUGACUGGUGUGCCUGAGCUUGUGUGUACAUUUCUGACGAGGGAAAAUCAAAGGAAACCCUUUAUGUACAAAUAUUACCUCAUUAAUUCUUUUUGUAUUGAGGCCAGCAAUACACAAGAAUCACUUUUCUUAGCAACAGAGUAUAAAUUGGUUGGCUUCUUUUUUUUUAAAGCAAGACUUUAGUAUCAUUUAUAUGCUGUAUAUAAGAUAUUUUUGUAGCAAAAGAAGCCCAAACAGGAACGUAAAGGAUUAGAGAAAUGUUGUCUUGACUAUGUUGUGCUAUAUGUAUUUCCUGUGCAUUUUUGGAUAAAUUAUUAUGUUUGUUUUAUGUUGAGGUUAUUUCAUUUGUGUAGAUAUAUGCUAUUUAAAUAAUUUAUCUAGAGGCGUAGCCUCAUAUUGGAAGCGUUUCUGUCUGUAUAAACUUAUUUGCACACUGACAUGAGGAUGUCUUUGUUAUUUUGGUUUUUGUAUGUGUCUUUUUUUAAUUAUUAGUGAAGCUUUUCAAUAAACUUUGUACUAUAGUUUCUACCCAAAGUGCUGUUUAUACUCCUACCUGUUAUUUUGUAAUGUCAAGUGAACAAUAAACACUUCAGGAAAAAAGUA